UGCGCGACGGCCUCGUAGUCUUCUUGAUUGUGGACAAAUGUGGGGUUCCUGGCCUGUGUGCUGACAGGCACCUUCCAGUGGACUUGCGCUGUGAGGGCGCGGCGGCCAUGACCCAGGCGGAGAAAGGGGACGCGGAGAACGGCAAAGAGAAAAGCAGUGAGAAGGAGAAGGAGCAGCGCGGUGUGAAGCGGCCCAUCGUGCCCGCGCUGGUGCCGGAGUCGCUGCAGGAGCAAAUCCAGAGCAACUUCAUAGUUGUCAUACAUCCAGGUUCAACAACUCUUAGACUUGGUCGAGCCACAGACACACUCCCUGCCUGUGUUCCUCACGUCAUUGCAAGAAGACACAAACAGCAAGGGCAGGCUCUCUACAAGGACAAUUGGCUUCUAAGGGAGGGACUAAAUCAACCAGAAAGUAAUGAACAGAGACAAAAUGGUCUUAAAAUGGUGGAUCAAGCAAUCUGGUCUAAAAAGAUGUCAAAUGGCACAAGAAGGAUUCCUGUGUCUCCUGAACAGGCACGCUCCUAUAACAAGCAGAUGAGGCCUGCAAUAUUAGAUCACUGUUCUGGAAAUAAAUGGACAAAUACAUCUCACCAUCCUGAGUUUUUGGUUGGAGAAGAGGCCUUGUAUGUUAAUCCACUGGACUGUUACAAUAUUCACUGGCCUAUCAGAAGAGGUCAGUUGAAUAUUCACCCAGGACCUGGCGGUUCCCUCACAGCUGUCCUGGCAGAUAUUGAAGUAAUAUGGUCUUAUGCUAUACAGAAAUACUUGGAAAUUCCACUGAAAGAUUUAAAGUACUAUCGAUGUAUCUUGUUAAUUCCUGAUAUUUAUAAUAAACAGCAUGUGAAAGAAUUAGUAAAUAUGAUCCUAAUGAAGAUGGGCUUUUCUGGGAUUGUAGUACAUCAGGAAUCUGUGUGUGCCACUUUUGGAAGUGGCUUAAGCAGCACAUGUAUUGUAGAUGUUGGGGAUCAAAAAACAAGCGUGUGUUGUGUGGAAGAUGGGGUUUCUCAUAGAAAUACUCGACUCUGUCUGGCAUACGGGGGGUCUGAUGUGUCAAGAUGCUUUUACUGGCUGAUGCAACGAGCUGGCUUCCCUUACAGAGAAUGCCAGUUAACAGAUAAACUGGACUGCCUCCUUCUGCAGCACCUUAAAGAAACUUUUUGCCAUUUAGACCAGGACAUUUCUGGGCUUCAAGACCACGAGUUCCAGAUUCGACAUCCAGAAUCUCCUGCCCUGCUUUACCAGUUCCGAUUAGGAGAUGAAAAGCUCCAGGCCCCAAUGGCUUUGUUCUACCCAGCAACUUUUGGAAUUGUUGGACAGAAAAUGACCACUCUGCAGCACAGAUCCCAGGGCGACCCGGAAGAUCCUCAUGAUGAACAUUACCUGCUGGCCACACAGAGUAAACAAGAGCAGUCUGCAAAAGCUACUGCUGACCGGAAGUCUGCAUCAAAGCCCAUUGGAUUUGAAGGGGACCUUCGUGGCCAGUCCUCUGAUCUUCCAGAAAGAAUCCAUUCCCAAGAAGUGGACUUGAGCGCCUCCCAGGGAGACUGUCUAAUGGCCGGCAAUGAUUCUGAGGAGGCCCUCACAGCACUGAUGUCCAGGAAGACUGCCAUUUCCCUGUUUGAAGGGAAAGCCCUGGGUCUGGAUAAAGCCAUCCUUCAUAGUAUAGACUGCUGCUCUUCUGAUGAUACCAAAAAGAAGAUGUACAGCUCCAUCUUAGUGGUGGGCGGUGGUUUGAUGUUUCAUAAAGCACAAGAAUUUCUCCAGCAUCGAAUUCUUAACAAAAUGCCACCUUCAUUUAGGCGAAUUAUUGAAAAUGUGGAUGUGAUCACAAGGCCCAAGGACAUGGAUCCCCGGCUGAUUGCCUGGAAAGGAGGGGCAGUGCUGGCCUGUCUGGACACAACACAGGAACUAUGGAUCUACCAGCGAGAGUGGCAGCGCUUUGGUGUCCGCAUGCUACGAGAGCGAGCUGCUUUUGUCUGGUGAAACAGGCAGAAAAGUACUGUCAGGAUGGGGAGAUAGCAUAAAGGUUACGUAAAAGACUUUCAAACUGAAGCCUAAAGUCCCAAGUUCAAUCUCCAGCACCACCAUAAGCCAGAGCUGAGUAGUGUUCUGUUUAAAAGAAGAAAAAAUGUCACUAUCAAAGACCAAAAUCUUUUAUAAAGACAGAAAAAAAAUUUUUUUUAAUUUAUUGACUUAGGUGCUUAAAUUAGUGGAAAAUAAAUGAAUUUUAACUUUUAUGAAAGUACAGCAUGGGUUUGAUUAUGACCUACAUUAGUAAUCAGAAUGUUAAGAGAAUAAAUGUAGACUUAGUCUUUAGUGUUAAA